UAAACACAGGCUGCUGUCAGCUGAUGAGCGCAUCCGACUCUGCUAUGCUAAACAGGAUAUGUGUGGAUCCUGGCUUUACACAUCCCGGUUUUGUUUUCGUGCGAUGUUUACGUUUACGAUUGUACGUAUGACCAAACACAGGGAGAUUCGGAGUACCAGCGCUGACCUAACAGGACUAUGCUAAUUUUAAAAUGAAAUCUUCGGCGAUAAAUUGGGUCAUGGCUAUAUCUGUACGGUAAAAUACCGGGCUAGCAGAUUAUGUUAUCAGCUGUCAGCGAGAAUAGGUGUCUUUCUGAGGAUUGAGAGUUGACUAUUACUUUUAAAGGAAAAAUAAUCAGCAUGAGCUUGAAAGGAAAUGAUACACUGUUGUUCGACGCAAUUUUCUCUGGUGACAAGGUCAAGGUCAGGGAAUUGGUGGAAUAUGGUCUGGACAAGAACUCCGUGCUGCAUUGUCCGGCUCGCUGGGAAGGAGCUACCGUUCUGGGGACAGCUGCCUGCUUAGGUCACGCCGAAAUAGUCCAGUAUCUUCUAGAGGAAGGAACGCCAGUUAACUUUACCGACCCGUGUAUGGGCCGGAGUGCCCUUCAUUGGGCCAUCAUGGGCGACCAGUACCAGGUGGUAAAGUUGUUGAUAAAAAAGGGUGCGGAUACCAACAGUGUCGAUAAAGAGUGUGUGACGCCACUGCUUCGCGCAGCAAUUGGAAGAAAUUAUAACUUGGUGAAAUUACUCCUGAAAAAUGGAGCAGAUGUCAACAGGAAAGAUUAUCUACAAUGUUCCGCGCUACAUUAUGCAUGCGUUCAUGGUGAUCCGAAACUUGUUGACCUGAUUAUUAAGGGAGGUUGUGUUCUUAACAACAAAGCCGUCAUCGGGAAAGGCACUCCGUUAGCUAGUCUUGUUCAUCAUAAAGACAUCGGGUCAAUAGUGUUAUUGCUAGACGCCGGGUAUGACCUCUCAAAUGAAAAUUGGCUGAAAAAUCACACGAACACAAACAAUCAAGGAGACAACGUUAUCCAGAUGCUAGUUCAAAGUCAACAGAAUCCGUUACGGCUUAGCACAUGUUGCAGAAAGGUGAUUCGGAAACAGAUGGGUGGCAGGAACGUGCAGGAAAAAUUAAACACCCUUAAUAUUCCACUGGCAUUAAAAUCAUAUGUAUUGCUGCAACAAUAAUGGGGAAUACUGUAUCACCUUUACAUUUACAUUUCAAAUAUCUCGUCUAUGUUUUAGAGAAUGUAAGGAUGCUGGGGACAGGCAAAUAAUUUCAUGUUGUUCCUCUUGUUGCAAAACCUUUUCAAAUAUAUCAUUUGCAGCAAAUGCAGCAUUCUCGAAUUUUAAGUGAUGACAACAGUAUUCCCGAAUAUUAAGUGAUGACAAAAGUAUUCCCGAAUAUUAAGUGAUGACAAAAGUAUUCCCGAAUAUUAAGUGAUGACAAAAGUAUUCCCGGAUAUUUAGUGAUGACAAAAAGUAUUCCCGAAUAUUUAGUGAUGACAAAAGUAUUCCCGAAUAUUAAGUAAUGGCAAAAGUAUCCUUAAAUAUUAAGAGAUUACAAAAUGUUAUCAAAUAGUAUGUGAUAAAUGUGCUUGAAUAUUAAGUGAUGAAAAAAGUAUUC